UUGGCCUUUUCUAUGUGUAGUCUUGUGGGUUUCCAAAUCUCUCUGUUGAUGGAAUAACAAGAAUUUAAUGUUUUGGAAUGCCGGGUUGCUGCUGUCUGUGUUUGCUUCUUCCUUCCUUUCCAUCCCUUCAAUAUAUGCCCUGCUUCUGGCCUUUUCUGCUUGUUAGAUUUCUAUUCUUUCUUCCUGCACUUUUGUGGGUUGUAGGGGGUAGAGGGGGGAGAACUUACUGGAGAAGGGUCUACAUUUCCGUCCAUUUCUUCGGUUUCUCCACCAAGUGUUUGCAAUAAUCCUCUGAGAGAGAAAGAUUAGUUUGAAAGCUUCUCCCUUUGUCUGCUUCCUUUUGGCUCUCCUUCUUCCCUCAUGCAACUGUGAUUUUCGCAAAAAUGGAACCCUCUAAAUGCCUCGGGGAUACUCAUGGAGGUUUGGGAAGCAAAUGUGCGAAUGCUAGAAGAGCAGAGUAGCUUUCUUGGUGUCUGGUGAACGUGAAAAACAACCUUGGAAGUGUUAAGAGUGGUUUUGUUAUAAAGCUAGACAAGAAUGCCAAUAGGACAGAUGAAAGAGAGCUCGGAGCAGCACUUAGUGAUCAAGCCUCAGUUUCAGAACGUUGCAAACAGGCCUGCAAAAAACCGCAAGACUGCUCAGAAUGGGAAAGGGCCACCAUCUCAAUCCCAGGAAACCCAUAAUGCUGCUGCUACUACCAAGCCCCAGAAUGAGAGCUCAAGCUCGCCUCCUGCUGCCGGGAAGAACAGAGGGAGAAGGAGAAGCAGAGGGGGCCGGAAAUCUGAUCAAGCUGAGGCCUUUAUGAGGCCAAGCUCAAGGCCAUGUACUGUGGCUCACAAGCCUGCCAAUGGAAGAGGCGACGAUGAUGAUGGUGUUGGUGGGUCCCUUCCAAAUGGGUCAAUUGAAAACUGUGGAGCUAUGGUAACGGGUCAGCCGCAGCAGCUGGGUUUUCCCACCUCUAGCAAGUCUUUGAACUUUGCUCAAAGGCCUGGCUUUGGUCAGCUUGGGACAAAGUGUGUUGUCAAGGCAAAUCACUUCUUUGCAGAGUUACCAAACAAGGACUUAAAUCAGUAUGAUGUUACUAUCACUCCUGAGGUGGCAUCAAGAACCAUUAAUAGAGCUAUAAUGGCAGAGCUAGUGAGGCUCCACAGAGACUCUGAUCUAGGAAUGAGACUUCCUGCUUAUGAUGGCAGAAAGAGUCUUUACACAGCUGGUCAGCUUCCCUUUGCUUGGAAGGAGUUCACCAUUAAGCUUAUUGAUGAUGAGGAUGGUGUAAAUGGUCCCAAGAGGGAAAGAGAAUACAAAGUGGCCAUUAAGUUUGUUGCAAGGGCUAACAUGUACCACUUGGGUCAAUUUCUGGCUGGUAAACGUGCUGAUGCUCCCCAGGAAGCUCUCCAAAUUCUUGACAUUGUAUUGAGAGAACUCUCCUCGAAAAGGUAUUGUCCCAUAGGUAGAUCCUUCUUUUCACCUGAUAUUAGAGCGCCUCAAAGACUGGGUGAGGGUCUGGAGUCAUGGUGCGGAUUCUACCAGAGCAUAAGGCCUACUCAAAUGGGCCUCUCACUGAAUAUUGAUAUGGCUUCUGCUGCAUUUAUCGAGCCCCUUCCUGUGGUGGAGUACGUAGCUCAGCUUCUUGGUAAAGAUGUGUUGUCGAGGCCAUUGUCUGAUUCUGACCGUGUGAAGAUUAAAAAGGCUCUUAGAGGGGUAAAAGUUGAAGUUACUCACCGAGGGAACGUUCGACGUAAAUAUCGCGUCUCAGGACUAACAGCUCAACCCACAAGAGAGCUAGUAUUUCCUGUAGAUGACAACUCAACCAUGAAAUCGGUUGUUGAGUACUUCCAAGAGAUGUAUGGCUUCACCAUCCAACAUACACACCUUCCAUGUCUUCAAGUGGGGAACCAGAAGAAGGCAAACUAUCUACCCAUGGAGGCAUGCAAGAUUGUUGAGGGGCAGAGGUACACGAAAAGGUUAAAUGACAAACAAAUUACCGCCCUGCUAAAAGUUACUUGUCAAAGGCCUAGGGAUCGAGAAAAUGACAUCUUGCAGACAGUUCAGCAUAAUGCAUAUGAUCAAGACCCUUAUGCAAAAGAGUUUGGACUUAAAAUAAGUGAAAAGCUAGCAUCCGUCGAGGCUCGAAUCCUCCCUGCCCCUUGGCUGAAAUAUCACGACACAGGGAAGGAAAAAGACUGUUUGCCUCAGGUUGGUCAAUGGAACAUGAUGAACAAGAAAAUGAUUAAUGGAAUGAAUGUGAAACGAUGGGCUUGCAUUAAUUUCUCGAGGAGUGUACAAGAAAAUGUUGCUCGUGGAUUUUGCAAUGAACUUGCUCAAAUGUGCCAAGUUUCUGGCAUGGAAUUCAAUCCAGACCCUGUAAUCCCUAUCUACAAUGCCAGGCCCGAGCAAGUAGAAAAAGCUUUGAAGCAUGUCUUCAAUGCAUCGAUGAACAAGACCAAGGGGAAAGAACUGGAACUACUAUUAGCUAUUCUACCAGACAACAACGGUACCUUAUAUGGUGACCUCAAGAGAAUAUGUGAAACUGAUCUUGGUUUAAUCUCGCAAUGCUGCCUCACGAAGCAUGUAUUCAAGAUCAGCAAGCAGUACUUGGCUAAUGUGUCCUUAAAGAUCAAUGUCAAGAUGGGUGGAAGGAACACUGUGCUUUUAGAUGCUAUCAGCUGCAGAAUACCAUUAGUGAGCGAUAUACCAACCAUAAUAUUUGGCGCAGAUGUGACUCAUCCGGAGAAUGGGGAAGAUUCAAGCCCCUCCAUUGCAGCUGUGGUAGCUUCACAGGAUUGGCCCGAGGUGACCAAAUAUGCUGGAUUAGUUUGUGCUCAAGCUCACAGGCAAGAACUCAUACAAGAUCUAUACAAAACAUGGCAAGAUCCUGUUCGGGGUACUGUUAGUGGCGGCAUGAUCAGGGAUCUUCUGAUUUCCUUCAGGAAGGCAACCGGACAGAAGCCAUUGCGAAUAAUAUUCUACAGAGAUGGAGUUAGUGAAGGUCAAUUUUAUCAGGUCUUGCUCUACGAGCUGGAUGCAAUUCGCAAGGCUUGCGCUUCUCUGGAACCAAACUAUCAACCUCCAGUGACUUUCAUUGUAGUACAGAAGCGCCACCACACUCGAUUAUUCGCCAAUAACCAUAGGGACAGGAGUAGUACAGACAAAAGUGGCAACAUAUUGCCUGGCACGGUGGUUGAUACCAAGAUCUGCCACCCAAGUGAAUUCGACUUCUAUCUUUGUAGUCAUGCUGGAAUCCAGGUAAAUGUUUGUCUUGGCCAGGGGACAAGCAGGCCAGCUCACUACCAUGUUCUAUGGGAUGAAAACAACUUCACAGCAGAUGGAAUCCAGUCCUUAACAAACAAUCUUUGUUACACUUAUGCUAGAUGCACCCGUUCCGUCUCAGUUGUUCCGCCGGCAUAUUAUGCUCAUUUGGCAGCCUUCCGAGCGCGGUUCUAUACAGAACCACAGAUGCAAGAGAAUGGAUCAUCAACCGGCAGCAAGGACACACGGCUGUCAGGAGAAGCCGGUGUGCGACCGUUACCAGCCUUGAAGGAGAAUGUGAAGAGGGUUAUGUUCUACUGUUGAUUGCAACGAGAAAUGCAAGACUCGCUAGUGGCAUUACUCCGACCUCAAGGAUGUCAGUUGGAGGGAGCAGAAGCUGCUGCAAACAGCAAAGAAAGCCAAAGCAGAAAAGCAACCAACUUCCCUUGUAAAUGUGUUAACAAUGGAUUGGAUAUCCUAGCUAGCUUAGAGUUUCUGCAGGAUUUUCCCCACUUCAGGCCAUGGGUGAAUACUGAAUAGAGAAGAAGCAGAAGGAAAUUGACCCAACAGCUAGACAUUUUAGAGGAAGAUAAGCGUAGUGGCUUGCUCUUCAGACUAGACCAACCCCAAGUUACGUGUAUUUACUAUUUUCCCUUUUGCUUCAGGCCCCAGGGGAAAAUGCAGCUCUCAUAGUUUAGUGUCGUUAGUAGUAGUGUUACGUUUAAAACUGUCUUGGCUUGUAAAGUUACCUUUCUAGAAUGUCUCUGUCCCGUUGGUUUUUCAUUUUUGGCUAGUGUUUCGUGAGAUCACAUCAAAACUGAGAUUGACUGUAACCAAGCACCGGUAUCCGUUGCACAUAAGCUUGAUGAAUUCACUUCAGGGUUAAGUUUAAGUAUCAACAUUGAGAUGCCAGCCAGUUUCAAGGAUUGAAAAAUUACGGAGGCUGUAUCGGAAAAGUUAGUGAUAGGAAAUUUUAUGCUGAAACUGUGGUUUAAGUGUUC